AUGUUGGGAUACUAUUCCCUCUCACGACGCCGCUCCUCACAGAACAACAACAACAACAAUCCGCCAAGUCCAAGUCUUCCUUUGAAUUCGUCUUCAAUCCACGAGAGCGAUUACCUUCGUUCACCCACUUCACCCACUUCCCUCAAAAUACCAAGUUCACCUCCUGCCGAUAGACAGCUGGCAAGUGAUCCUCUAGGAUCACCAUUCAGUAUAACCAACCCUAUAUACCCAAUUCAACCCGAUCAAUCAAGUAGAUCAAAGCAUAGCUUACCGGCGUUGAGCGAAGGCGAUCAUGAACAUGGCGAUAACGAUAUGAACUUGAUGAACAGUGGUGGAUCGAGGGUACCACUCUUAGCUAGAGAUUUCGGGAUGUCAGGAUCAUCUAAGCGAGUCACCGGUACCGACCAUGCGGAAGAUGAAGGUGUGACUACGACGAGCGAUUCAUUCAGCUUAUUACCUGGUGAUGAUACUUCUUUACCCAAAUCAUCUGUUGAUCUACCUUCUCAAGGAGGAAGAGAAAGCGAUGUCAUUCAUGAUCCUAAUCUGAUACCUCCUGUUUCCAUACAUGAUAAAUACGUUUCCAACCAUAUCCAACCGCUUACAUCACCAUCGACACUGGAAGCUCGACCCUCAAUGACCCGAUCCACAUCUGCACCUGGACAUCCCCAUCACUCCCAUUCACAAUCAGCUAUUUCCCCUCCAACCGACACAAAAGGUCUCUUACCCUCUGCCAUACCCAGCGGAGAUAAUAAUACCACUGUUCCGGGAGUACAGCAGGGUAAUCAGCCGAUAUAUGAGAUAUUCAAUGCGAAUUUAUCGAAAGACGGUUUGGACAUGAGUAAGAACCUCAGAGGGUAUUUGGAAGUUGUCCUGAAAGGUCAGGAACAGUUGAGUAAGAUGCAUUUGCAGUUGGAGGGAUUGGGGAUGGGCGAAAAUGGAAUCUGGCAAGUUGAUAAGGAUAAUAAUGUUGAUGGGGAUGGGAAGAAGGAUGAGAAGGAAGUGAAGAGCAAGAUCGAAGAGAGACAAAAGGGUGUGGAGGAUAUCAUGCAUAGGCUAUCAGAGAUAUCAGAUACACUUCGGAAUUAUCAUCAACUGGGUACACCGAAACUUACAUUCCCUCGACAGCAUCCUCACCCCCCUCCUACCCAGAAAUCACCACGUACACCUUCGACCAGCAAUCUAGGUAGAGCCACAACUGUUGCCGGUUCCAAUCCCUCACAUAAUAUCGGUCUCGAUCAAGCCAAGCAGCCAUCUCCUCCAACAGGGAAUCAGCGCAAUAAACCUAGAGCACCAAGCUUGGUUAGAUCAAAUACUGCUACGGGAGAAUUAUCACCUCGAUCAUUGAUGAAAGACAAGGCUAGACCUAGAUCACCUUUAAUCAAUACAUUCACGACAAUGGAUUCUUCAAGUGAAGAUAAUAACACAUUUGAGAAAAGCCCAAAGAAGAAUUCAGAUUUACCACCUGAGAAAUUGGAUAAUUCAUCUUCAAAUGACAGACCAUUUCCGAUCUCGCCACCUUAUAAAGGUGGGAAGAAAGUACCUUAUUUAGAUAUGAACAAACUUGAAGGUGAACAGACAAACGAACAUGAUGGUACGACUCAUUGGUUUGGUGAUUCGCCUGAUAGUAAGAAUGGUGGGUUGAAGAGGGAGAGGAAAAUCACGGAUAGUCCUAUAGAAAUGACUUUUAGCUCUAGGUUCUAG